AUUUUUAUGUGCAGAUAUUACUGGAUUAUGCCAACAAUAUUCAAGGAAUAAAUGUAACAAAUCCUCAUCAUUUAAUUAUAUUGAAAAAGUUCAUAGGCUUGAGCUUAUUACCUGCAAAUCAGAUAAAUCGUGUAUUUAUCGAUUUGUACAGUUCUAUACCUGAGGUCAUACUGAAUAAUGGAUUUCUAGAUUUCGUGAAAUACUAUUAUUCCAAUUGGAUCAGUUCUGUUGGAGUAAACAACAUUUCUUUUUAUCAAGAGAUUGAGGCUUUCUCGAACAUCGCCCAUAAACAUUGGAAGAAAAUAACUGCGAAUUGUAAUGAAUCACCUGAUAUUUGGAAGUUCUGUGGAAUGAUUGUUAAAUGGAUGCAAUCAACUCAUCGAGAUCUUGAUCGUACAGAAAGAGGAGAAAACAGAUAUAUAUCUGCACCAUCUUUAACCUGUUGUCCUAAAUCAACUGAUUUAAGAGAAUUAUGGAGAAGACUUGAUAACAAUUUAAUAGAUACAAACACAUUUUUAGCAGUUGCAUCAAAUUUGAUCGAUCCAAUUGUACAAGAUAUAUUAUUCAAUGGGUUAACACUUUAUUCAGACUUCUCUUUAGUAAAAUUAGUAGAUUUAAAUGAAAAUCCUCCAGAGAUAUCUUAUAAUGAAAAUAAUGUGUUGAACGAAAUAUUAUUAGAAAAUCUCCCAAGACAAAAUGAGAUCAGACAUGGCUUAAACGCUUCAUCAUUGACUACACUACUAUUUCUUGCUCAAUACUGUCAUUCUUCUUACUCCUUCAAUACUUUGACGUUGCUUUUUCUUCUAAAUCCUGAAAAUCAAGAAAACAACGAAUGCGUUGCAAGCUCAUCGAACAGAAUUGAAUACAUAAUGCAACCUUGUGGACAUAAAGUUUAUUGUUGGAAUUGCCUGGAGAUACUGGAGGCUUUGGCAGAACUAGAUGAGCAAGCAUUAGUGUGUCCUAUCUGUAGAGCUGUUCCACAACACAUUGAUCGACUUAAUUAAUUCUAUAAUUUGUUUUUCUAAAUAAAAAGUGUUUUUUUUUUUUUCAUUUUGAACAUG